AUGAUAGUCAACACGGUGCUCAACGAACAUCAGCUUGUCCUUGAUAUUGUUGCUUUUGUUCAAAAGGGCGAUUUCCCACGAUCACGACUUGGUGAGAAGCAGAGAGGCAAGAUCUUGGCCAGUUGGGUGUCUCGCAAAAUGCGUACAAUAGCUCAAUUCAGCAUCCGCGACCCUGAUGCGGAGGGAAGUGUAGGCACAGCGGUGCCAAACGAAGUUGCAGCUGGCAGGCGCAGCAGCGGACAGUCGGGUACUGCAGGCGCUGGCGCCUUUAGAGGAGGACCUGGCAGCAUCAACCGCGCUCCUGGUACAGCAGGCAGCUCUUUGCGUCAUGUGGAAAGUAUCUCACAGUUGCCGCUGGCCGAAGAGCCACAUGCGUACGACAUGGCUUCCAUGCCGCAGCCCCUCUACACGGAUGAACUACCGCGACCAUCGGCAGAAUUCUUAUACAACAAUGAUCACACGCCCACCAACGAGCGGCCACGCGACCUUACGUUGAACACAACACUCGACUACUCUCCCGUAGAAGGCAACAUGAUUUAUGGCUUCUCAGACGAGCAGGACUUUGCAGGCGUGGCACCUGAGCAGCAUCAACCACCACCUCGAUCAGACUUUAGAGGAAGCUACGGUGGAGCACCUCAUUCGCCCGAAGACAUGCCGAUGCAGCAGUCGGGCGGAUUAAGAGUUGCGAACCGCACCAGUAUUGACAGCGAUGAUGAUUGGUCACAGGAUGCAUUGAGGCAUUUGAAUCUAAAUGCGAGAUAA